UAUACCAUCCAUCCACACAUCAAAUCUAUGGUUUGAGAACUCUAAACGAAACGUCAUCACUCUCUUCUUUGAUUUUGUCACAGUUAUAUAUUUGUUAUUAUCUAUGGCCACAGUUUUACACGAUACGCAUGUCGCGUGUUCAAUAAAAUACAAUUGAAUAGUAGUGGUGGUGAAUAUCUUUUUGGGAGUUUAGUUGGAUCAUCAUAAUUUUAAUUUAUGAUCAUAAAUUUGACAGUAUAUUGGAUUUAGGAUUAGGUUUUUGACAGCCGUCUGUAGUUGGGUUGGAUGUUGGAUUAGUCUUACGUUUACGUUUAACAAAAUGUCAUUUCAAGGCAAAAUAUCAGCGUUAAUGGCACGACCCGGCCAAGAUCCUGUUUCUAAAGAUGACGUCCCCUGGUGGUUGAAAUUUGGUGGCAGGGGGGUUGGUACUGUAGGAGGUGCUAUUGCUAUUUUUUUGGGGGUGUGGAACUGUACAGGAAUACUAGGUGCAAAUAUUGAUGCUCUGAUCAGUGGUGUGUGGCAAAUUCUAGCGGGUUUUGUAGUGAUUUGUUGUGAAGCACCUUGUUGUUGUAUGUUUAUAGAUCAUGUACAGAGAUUUAGUGACUGGAUUGACAAAAGGCCCUAUUGGAAUCGAGCAUUGGGAUAUGUAGUAUUAGCUGUCCCGCCAAUAGCAAUAGAUCCUUCUUUUUCCAUUAUAUUUGGAUCAGGAUUAAUUUUCACCACUGGCAUCCUAUAUGGAAUGAUGGCCUUAGGCAGAAAGGCAUCAGCAGAAGAUAUGCGCCAGGCAGCAACUGCAGAGAACAGUACAACCAGACCCACUUCCAGUAUGCACUCCAACCUUGUCGCUAACGCUCAACCCAUCAGUUUUACAGGUUCUCCAGUCUUUGACAGCAAUGUUUGAUCAGAGACUGUAUCAUUUAUUUUAAAUGUUCUGCCCUUCCCAUAGACUCUAGUUAAAACAAAAGUGGUAUGAUAGCAAAAUAUUUGUGUUAAACUUUAAUUUAUGCAUUAUAUUAAUUCAUUUUUUAUUGUUGAUGGAUAGCUACUUUUUCGCAGCUAAAAAAAUUAAUCAAUCCUCAUUGACUUUUUAUAUAUCGUCUUCUGGUACUAGUAUUUACUGGAUUGUAGAACUUCUUCACUUUAUCAAAUUCUUGAUGUCCGUGCAAGUAGUGUGAUAAUAAUUUUGCUUUACAUACUGAAAUGCUUAAGUUUAGAAUAAAACGUUAGUGAUGUAAUUUUAUUUAUCUUAAAAAUAUACUAGUAUUUAGAUGUUUAGCAAAAAUACUUUUUUUUUUCAAGUAUUAAUAUAGUAAUUUUAAAGGAGUAAUUUAUUGAACUGAUAAAAUUUUAUGAUAAUCACUAUAAAAGUAUUUUUAUGGUUUUAAUUGUUUCAAUAAAUGACGUAUAACGAACAGAUGGCUGUCUGAUAUGUAAUAUUAUAAGAUGGUCGAAGUUAAUAAAGUAAUAUUAAGUAUCGUUAGUAACAUUUCGUUUUCACAGGUGUAAAUUUUACAAUGCUGUGUAAUAUGGGUAAAUUAGUGACUACCAGUCAGUUGCAAACCAGUUCAAGUGAACAUUUUUUAAAAAUCUUGCGUCUGAUCUGAUUAUUUUAUCAUAUUUUCACAAUUUGGGUUUUUAAAAUGGGACUGCAACUGUGGUGUAUUGCUGCAAUUGUUUUAAAAGUGUGUCAGUUAAGACUGUUUAAUUUCGUUAAUUUUAUGUAGUUAGAGACUAUUAUGUAUUAGUUAAAUCCUUUUAAUUUUGCUCAAAUAUAUUUACUCUCAAAAAAUGAAGCUUAGAAAAAUUAUAGACCAAUAUUAAAAAAUUGAAUUAGAAAUGUGGCAUUCCAGUGAUUGUGGUUAGAAAGCUAACAGUAUGGCAGUUUUUAUUUCAUAGAUUGAACAUAUCUUUCACAUUUCAUGAUAUCUCGCUAAAUAUCUCAAUUAGUUUCCAUCGAAGGAAAAUUAUUUUGUUAUCAUAAAUGUUAUUCUUCGACUGUCGUCAUGUUGAAAUUCAUAAUCUAUUAGGUAAAAACUGUAAUUAGAAUUAAAGUUUAAAUAGUAAUGGUAACGAGGUAAAUCACAGCAGUAGUAACGUUAAUGUAUCACAAUAUAUAAUGUGUAAUAAUGUAUUUAAGAAGAUAAUAUCUGUAGAAGCUUCGCGAAUGAGUUUGUUGCAUGUGCAUUCAGGAAAGACAAAUAUUUACUAGGUAAAAUCAUGCUAUUAAUUUUAUUAUAAUGUUUAAUUUCACAAAGAUUUAAUAUUGACAAGGAAUGUAGUUUUAAGGGGUAACGCCAAUCUAGAGGUUCGAAAAAAGGUGAUUUUCGAGGAAAAGGCUUUAUUGCAUAUGUUUUCAGGUAGUAUUGUGAAUUUUUUCAACUGAUUUUGUUUCAAAAUGGCGGCGUAGAUAAUGGCAAGCAAUGUCACCUUUCAAUCAGAAUGAUGUAUGGACAGAAACAUUUUUUAUUAACAGAUGAUGUUGGAAUAAAAAAUAAAAUUUUUUUGAUAUAUGUAUGUAUAUGAAAA